ACAAUGAGAUGUUUCAAAAUAUUGAUAGGGUAAGCUUAUCAACACUGGACCGUGUCUUGCGCAGAAAUAAUCUGAGGAUGAAGCAGGUCUACAGGGUGCCAUUUGAACGCAAUUCAGAAAGAGUCAAAGAAUUGCGACAUAACUAUGUGCAAAGAGUCCUUGAGCUAGAGGUGGCUGCAGUGGAGCACCAGUUCAUCUUCAUUGAUGAGGUUGGAUUCAACCUCACAAAAAGACGAAGGAGGGGAAGGAAUAUCAUCGGCCAGCGUGCCAUUGUUGAAGUCCCUGGCCAGCGCGGAGGGAACAUCCCAAUGUGUGCAGCGAUUACCCACCAAGGCGUCAUCCAUCACCAUGCUACCCUUGGCCCCUACAACACUGCCCAUCUGAUCACGUUCCUGGACACCCUACACAACACACUCAUUCCACCAGAUCAGGUAGAUGGCCCAGAGCAGCUCAGGUAUGUUGUCAUUUGGGACAAUGUAAGUUUCCACAGGGCUGCUCUGGUUCAUAACUGGUUCACUGCCCACCCACGCUUUUUAGUCCUUUAUCUCCCUCCAUAUUCUCCAUUCCUCAAUCCUAUUGAGGAAUUUUUUUUUUUUCGUGGAGAUGGAAAGUAUAUGACAGAAAUCCACAAACGCGGUUUACCUCUUCUCCAAGCUAUGGAAGACUCAUGUGGAGAUAUAGCAGCUGAUGCUUUUCAUGGCUGGAAUCGCCAUGCUAGGCGAUAUUUCCCCCGCUGCUUGGCCAGGGAAAACAUUGCUUGUGACGUGGAUGAGGUGCUGUGGCCAGACCAAAACAGAAGAGAGGAUGCAGCAUAG